AUGGACGAGGAAAAGAUUGAUAUAGGCCUGAUUCAGCGAUUUAGAUCUGGUAUUUCUGUCGAUAAGAAAAGUAAGAAAAAGGUUCUUGCAAUAUUCAAGUAUUUAACGGGGAAAGAGAGCCCUAUAGAAGCUGUGGAGCUCACGGUUCGUCGAGACCAACACCUCCGAGAAGCACAGCUGAAAGUCAUGUACGAGAUGGUCAAACUCGUAGAAGAUCCGCCGACGUUGGUAAGAAACGAAUGCUUUUUCCUCUCUUAGUUUUACUAUUAUCCCUUGUUUGUGAAAAUUCUCUUCGUUCCUAUGUACCAAAAUCGGUCCCGGUCGAUUAGGAUGAGUGCAAAACUGGGUAUAUUGACUUGAGCAGGACCGGACGUUGUCGUUUUCUAGUUUCAGUCUUUUGAUAUCAGAUUGGAAUGCGAAACAUAUCAGAAUGUUAGCGAUAUCAAAUUCUUUUGACGAGAGUUGUUUAACUGAAGGAGGUUGAGGGAGAUCGGAAAAAUAUGUGAUCAUGAAAAAAUGUAAAAUAUUUGUCGAGAAGUCUGUCGCUUUUUUUUCGAAUUAAUGCGAAAUUUAAGCUUUCCAGGCUCUCUGUAAGCUUAUGGGAAAAUCGUUUGAGUUGGGGUUAGUUUCAUUUUGUUACCUUUAUUAGUGGUUCUGCACAACUGACAAAAUGUUGAUGAAAUGAACAGAUUAUGAAAAACUGAAGCUUUACAGCAUUCAUUUAAAUAUUGCACAACAUUGAAGAAAAGUCACACUUUAAUAAUUCAACACAUGUAUUUAAAGAAUAAGCUUAUUGUUGAUGCAUUGCUCUGGUGUGAUUGAUUUCCGUUUUCUUUGUCACAUCUGUUGUAUUUUCCCUUUUUUUCACCUGAAUUCAUACAUGUAUACAGCUACUACUAGCACAAAGAAAAGAUCUUAAAGUAAGAAGCCCAAAAACAUAUUGUAGGCAGUGCACUUUAUGUUUAGUGCAGCAGUAUAAAUGGAACACAGUCAAUAUACAAUUACCAGGAUUAAUAAUCAAGGUGCCAAACAGAUCAAAUUGUAUGACCAUUCUUGACUUUUUCAUCAGUUCUUUAAAAAACUGGCCAUUAUCGAGAGGUUAUUUUGGCAAGGACUGUCCUCCGGGACAAAAAAGUGUCUGUAGUAGAAAGGUUGCCUUUAUUGGAUGCUUGACUGUAUUGCAUGUAUUUUUAAAUCUUUCACAGUAUUUCCUGACUUAUGAUUGAACUUGGUCUUUUUUUUGUAAUAACAACUGAAGUCACUGUUGUUACCAUUUUCCUUAUCACAUGUACGUUCAAUUUAAGUUGUUAUUUUUAUUUACACAGAAAACUGGAAGCGUUGAGAAGCAGAACAUGUUCAGUGUCUUUUUAAGUACUGAACUUCUGAAUUUUGUUGUCAGGCUUUUAUGGAUUCGUAUUCCCAAUGAGAGCUUAGGAACCAAUGAUCAGCCAUGGCAUGCCAGUCAUUUUAAUAGUUUAAUGGUUCUUAAACACAUCCUUACAUUGCCUCAAUACACCAGAAUAAAUUGUAAACAUCUCAUGGAAAUCAACACAGUUGAAGCUCUUCUGGACUUCUGUGAUGCCAAUUUUGAUCUCUUGGGACUCUAUCCAGCAGUUUGUGCAUUAAAAACUUUAACCUGUCUGGAACGUGAAGCCUGUGACAGAAUCGUGUUGUUAAGUGGAAUAUCAAAAAUUGGAAAAGUUGUGUUAAAAGAUAAUUGCCAAAAAAUGAUUGUCAAGGCUUAUAAAAGUGGAAUAACAAGUAGUAGACCUUAUAUAAAAAGAGUUUUGGAGGACCGUAGAGAUCAGUGCUUGGAUAAUUUCAAACGGGCUGAACUACCAUCGACAGCUGAUUUGCCACUGAACAUUUUACGUUCUUGGAGUUACAAAAUACAGAUGAAUGCAGCUGUUGUCCUUUUAAAGGUUAGCUUAAAGAAUUUUUUUUAGCUUAUGGAAAAGAUUAUUCUCUGUUUUCACUGUCAUGCCAUCAAAAGUAAUAAUGCAAACCAUUUAAUACAGAAAGCGCAGCAUAUGGCAAAUAGAAGAAGACGAAUACAAAAAGCCUCACCAAGAAUCAGAUCUGUGUGAUAUUUCAUCUGCGAGAUGUUUGGGAAACAUUUUACCCAAAUAUAUACACUGUGAGGCUUUGUAUGGAGACACCAUGUUGGUGUCCCUUUGAGGGCACAAAUAUGGCCGCCCAAAAACAAACAAUAAAUAAACCAACUAUGUGACAGACAAGCCACAUGUAUGACUUCAUAAACAUUAAAGGCCAUGCUACAUGCAAGCUGAGAGAAACCUCUGUUCACGGGGUAAAGACUUCUUUCUAAUGUACCGUCCUCACAGUCUGGUGGCCUCUGAUGCACUAGUUUUAAUAAAUCUCAUCCCUUGAUGAACUUAAGAUCCUUUAUUAAUGGUAUCGUUUAAUAUAAUAUUAAAUGUAAUAUUUACAAAGGUAAUUUGUUUGUAGAUUGCAGAGCAAAAUGAUCGAUACAGAAAACUUAUUUUAAAAGAUAAAGUGGCAUCAAAGGUUAGUUACAGCAUUAGUUUCAUGAAGUUGUAGAUGAUAUAAUAGGGAGCUAUAGCAACGAGGACGGUGACAGCAACAAAAACGGCAAAAAUGCAAUAGGUUUAAUUUAUGAUGUAGGCAAACCCACAACUUUGCAGGUACAUGGAAUCUUGCUGAUGCCAAAAAUUGACAGAGCACAUAAAAAUUAUCUUACACUUGAAAUUUGAGAGGAAACACAUUUAAGGGAGACAUUUUAUGGCACUUUGAUUUUUCAGCAAAGUAGUACAUGUAUGAUUUCUAUUGGCCAGCAUGUUGGAAAGCAUACUCUUGCCCUCCAACAGGGCCGCCAAAACUACUUUUUGCUUGUGCAAUUACAUGUAUCUUUUUCAACAUUUGAUAUUUAUGCUCAGAUGUGCUGUAAAUGUUACCACAUCAUCUUUUCAACACUUUCCUUGAAGUUUAAGUGCAAAAUUUGUGUUCUGAAAGAGGUAAUUCAUAAUUUUGAAAAUCACAUUUUGGUCACGAGACCAGCUACGAACUUACUCAUUUUAAGAAAAUGAUGCGGGUUUGAGAAUCCAAAUCACUAUUAUUUUGUUUAAGAUAUGACCCACUAAUCGUUUUUUGAAGGCAAAAUCAUAUAACUUUAAUUUUUCAUAAAAAUGACGUCACAUGACCUCUUAGUGCAAAUGGCCUAUUGAGGAAAAAGAAGCAUUUAAAUCUAAAUUGAAAAUGUUUCUUUUUAAAAAGGUAUAUGACAUUUAGUUUCAUCAUAUUUGUUUUUGUUUUCUCUCCUUUUUAAGAUGUGUAUGCUAUAAAUUUCCCAAUAUGUACGUUAGGGUUAUAUGUAAGCUUGUGAUUAAUGAUAUUCUUAUGUCCUUUUUACAUUGUAAAGUGCUUAGAGCAGCGAUGUAUAAGCGCUAUAUAAAUUCCAUUAUUAUUAUUAUUAUUAUUAUUAUUAUUAUUAUUAUUAUUAUUUAAAGCUGUAACAGCCCCAUGAUUCACAUGGACUUUCCUUCUCUUGCACUGGUUCAAUUUAUUUACAUUUAAUUUAAAUAACUUGUUGACACCUUUCCUCUGUUUGAUACCAGGCUGUGAUCACAUGGAUUAAAACUCCCUCAAUAGCAGCAAGUGACUGUACAAUGAUCGCAAUGUGUUUGAAAGUGGCAGGCAUGAUAUCUCAGAGCGAAGAACUUACCUGGCAACUGAUUGAUUCCUAUGGCAUCAUUGAAUUCUUCGAAGAUGGAGGUAACUUAAUCAGUUCCGCAUAUCUGCACUUGGAUGUCUCGGAGAAAUUAUAAUAUCAUUUAAGAUAAAGCCAAGGACAAAUAUUGAAUGUACAUGUACAGUGCCUGCCAGUUUCCUCGUAAAAUUGUCUUUCAUUUGCUUAUGAAACAAGUAAAGAAUUUUUACUCAAGAUCAUGACUUGUGGCUGAUUCCCCAUGAAAACUUGUACUAAACAUCAUGUCCUGAUGCUGUACUUUUGGUUCUUUUUACUUUUUAAAAUUCAUAGUGCUGAUACCUGACAAUGCACCCAUAAAUGCAUUCUUGGAGCUGAUAGAGCAAAUGUCCACUCACAGUGGUCGAUGCAGAAACAAAAUUUUGGAAAAUGAGGUACAGUAUUGCAUUUUUCUCGAGGAUAAGUUAUUUUAGUCAGGUUUACUCACUGUUGUUGAUUGUUAUGUUUGUAGGAAAUUCUUCAGGCAUUAGGAAGAUACAUGUUUUCCUAUAACAAAGAGGUACUAUCAACUUAAUUCUGUAUACACUGUACCUACAGUUACAGGGCUGUGCUCUAGCAGAGCCCAGUGGCCCCUGGUGCCUAACUUUUGCUCAGUUUGGCGACUAGAAAAUCUUACUUUCUUCAUACAGAUCAUAUAUGCUGGGCAACCUAGAUUUUACAGUUUCAGGGCUCUGGGCUCCCUUCAAUUUUCCUUAUAGCACAGCCUUGAAUUACACUAUAAAUUAUAUCAGUAACAACCUUGAUUUUACAAACAGUUGCAUGGUAAGCAAAAAAAGUUCUGAAAGUAACUACCCUCUAAAUACUUUUGGAUUUAGCACCCUUCUUCUAUCGCUACUUUCGCGGAAGAGGGGUCGUUAAAAUGUAUCUGAUGGCUAAAACAUGUACUCCACAUGGGCACUUCAAAAAAUUAAAAAUAAUGUCCAAAAAUGUGCAAAAAAUAAUUAGUUACUCUUGGCGGGACUGCUACUCUUGGGAUUUGCUAACACCUGUGACAUUUUAUCGGUACUAUCAGAGGAUUGCUACUUUCAAGGGGCCAUUGCUUUUGAAACUUUACGGCAUAAUGACAUGGUAUUAAUUUGUGACUAACUAGUAACUCUUGCCAUCCCUCCCUGGCUUAGAUUCAAGGUCCUACUUUACGUGCUUUGGCAAACCUGUCAGAGUCUGAUGAAAUGGCAAAGAAUUUAAUAAAAUGUGGAGUUACUCCCAAGAAUAUCACUUUGGUUACCAUAUUUUAUCAGGUAAGAAGGUGGUUCAAUCAGUUUUAAGUGUUUGCUUGAUAUCUUCAAGGUGCCUUACAUUACAAAGAUAAGCAAAAUUAAGCAUAGUAACAUAAUAAUAAUGAUGAUGAUAGUGAUGACUUCAGACGAUGAUGAUGAUGAUGAUGAUGAUGAUGACAAUGUGACAAUGAAGGCAUGAAAAAGUAAUAAUAUUGUGUUCUCUUUAUCUGUUGUGGAGGUCUAUUCAUAUUUUUUAUUUCUUUUAGCAUCCUGCCAUAGGCCAAGCUCAGCGAAUUCAAAAAACACUGAAAAGAACAUGUCAUAAGUAAGUAAAUAUUUUGUCAUACUACGAUGAAAGUUGCCUUCUAUGAAGCAGCAACUUGCAACUCUCCAGAGGAAGGCUGCCAGUAAACAUUGGACUAUACAAUUGUACUAGUGUGGUAGUGUUCUUUUUUUUUUUUUCCUAUUUUAAAGAUCCUCUCAAAGGUGUUCCUAUAAUCUUUUAUCAUUUUUGAAUGAAUAUUGCAUUUUAGAAGACAGGGUUGUCAUUAAGAGCCGGGGGCUGGAGAUUUUCCCCAGCUACUAAGAGAGUGGCCUCCGGCUACUUUUAUUGGAAAAUAGAAGAAAAAUAGAACGAAAAGAAAUCCCUAGCCUUUCGAUUCCCCGCCAACUUGUUGUAUUUACCCGUCAACUUGAAAUCUUGGUGACAAUCCUGAGAAGAACACAGUGAAGGGAAUAUAUUUUGUCAACUAUAAGUUUGGUGAAUUUCUGUGGUAAUGGGCAAUUCCAGAAAAUAUCCAUACCCAACCACGGACGGCUUCCAUGUUUUAAGCCCCCCUUGCCUUGGGAAAUUCCAAAAUGCGCUACCCCCCCAUGCCCUCAGAAUUCCAUAGUCGUGAACCCCCCCUCCCCUUCAGAAUUUCCGGUUUUUUUUGGAAGUACAUUUUCGACUUAGCAACGCCAAUAAGAACAAACGAACAUGAAUUUAUGCCUCCUCAAGGCUGUGAUCUAGCGGCGCCAGGUGACAAGCUUUACUCUUCAGUGACAAGAAAAACCUACGCUAGUUGCCAGGCCGUGCAAACUCCUUUUUAAGUCCGAAUUUGGCUAUAAAAAUAAACACCACUUAAGGUAAUUUUACUCCUCUUUGUUUUCUUGUGCUGUUUUGACGUUUACGAAGGAAAAUAGCUCAAACAGACUGUUAAAAUCUUUUGGCGGUCAAAUACACCGUCGAGUCGUGUUGCGUCCUUUUAUACGUCAUGUAGUGCGCACGAAAAGCGUUCAAAUCUGACAGGCGUUCCUUGGAAGUGAGGGACUGGUGCGAGUUUUUUACUGUUUAUCGGACGGUUUCGGACGGGAGUAACAAGAAAUUUGCAAGCGGUAUUAAAGAUACAUUUUCAGUUUUUAUUCACGUGACAAGAAAUUCAUCAAGGUAAAUGUGAAACCAACGUUUUACUGUUCACUUCUAUAAGUUAUGAGCGUAAACACGUGUCUGAUCUAUCGAUGCUUGUCUUCUGCUUCCGCAGUCAUACGUUCGUGGUUUAUUUACGAACUACAAAAGUCCACAACAAUAGCGUUUUCCAGGAACUUACUCUACACUUUCUACUCCAGAAAUCCCACCUGUGGAAUUCCCCCAUACCUUCGGAUUUCAAAUCGUAAAUACCCCCCCAUGCCUUCAGAAUUCCAUAAUCGUGAAUCCCCCCUCCCCUUCGGAAAUCCUUAAAGCCGUCCGUGGUAUGGUAUGGAUAUUUUCUGGAAUCGCCCAAUUUAACUUAGUCUGCAAUGCAUGCUGUUUUUGCACAAAAUGAGAAUCUUGUGUGAUUCUGAAGGGGUUUGCAUUUCCCUCCAUUUGUAUUUACAGUGACAUUUUCUUCUUCCGUUUUGCAGGCUGUGGAUCCAGGAAGAAAUAGCCUUUGGUAAAGAACGCUUUGAUUUCUUCUCCCAAGUGGAUGAAGAAAGUGCUCGAGUUUUGAAGGACAUCGGCAACAAGCAAUUCAAAUCCAACUCAUUUGAUGAGGCGAUAAGACGGUACACAGAAGCUUUGAACUGCUGCCCGCAAGGAACCGAGGCAAGCAAGGCUGGAAAAGAUGGAAGAUGGUAAAAAUAAUUUGCUUCUUUUUUUUUUCUUCAUUUGCUCAACAUAACGGCCGGUCAACAGACAAUGUCCAGCCAAGAUGACCAUUUGUCCAGACAAACUUUUCGUUUGCUGGUCAUUUGGACCAGGCACGUUCAAGUUGUUAUUGGGUUAUUUUUAACAUUUUGACCAGUCAGACAAGAGACGUGACCGAGCUUAAGUUUCUUUGGCCGGUCAACACAACCCACAACAGUCCCAAAUCUUAUUUUGAGCUCUUGAUUGAGAAUGCAAUAUUAGAAAGUAAUAUACACUGUACCCCUGACACUGAAGUUACAUGCAUUCCUUAAAGGAGCUGUGUCAUGAAAUUCACAGCCAAAUUAGGAAAUUAAAAAAAUGCCCGUUAAAUUAAGAGAAGCAUAAAAUAACCGCUUAAAACUUUAAAGGAAGGUUAAAAUAAUAUAACAGAAACAACAGAUGCCACGGAUGGGCAAAACUGAAGAAGAUUGAAACGGAUUGAAAUUAGGGUUUUUGAAAACUGUUCAGCCUAACAGUUUUUCAAAGUUGAUCCCUGCUACUUGCAACUUCAAAAAUAAUGCUCAGGAGACAUAUUUGUCUGUCUAGGAUCUCUGAUUUUGUCAUUUACAUGUAAUUUCUUUGCUUACUUCAAGUUCCAUAGCAAUUGAGGGCGAGUAAUUGGCAAAAUUAAACAAAAUGAACUGGACUGCCGUGACACAGCCCCUUUAAAAUAAUAAUGUUUAUGCAUAAUAUCACUACAAAUCAUGCAACUAUAAUUAUGUACCUAUAUAAAUUGCCUUCCACUCACUUCAAUUACCAUUAUUCACUUGAUUCUCCUUUGUAAUUCCAUAAGGAUGGUACUGCCAGCAGUAUUGUACAGCAACCGUGCUCAGUGUCAUUUGAACAAAUCAGAGUGGCAAAGUGCCCUGAAUGACUGCAAUGAAGCCAUGGCCAGGUGUCUUGAAGGUCAGUUACAGUAUUUAUUUUUACAAGGCUUUGACAAUGUGUCUGUGGUGUCCUUUCUUUUGUGAUGAAUUAGUAAUAAUUAUCCUCAUUACCAAAUGCAGGGGCACCUAAUGACCGAAUGUUUCCAAAGUACAGUUUUUCUUUAUUCCAAAAUUUUCAGGAAACCUUUUUUUUCAACAAUAAUAGCAAUAUUGUAGUAACAAAAUGUGGAAAACACAACCUCCGAAAACCGUAGGUAGAAAAGGUUGUCCAGAAAUUUUUAGCCUUUCUCGAGCUUCAGAAAUUUCUAGGCAAUAGUUGCUUUUUAGAACAAUUGUUUUACAGGGAAAAGAGUCGUUGGGUGCACACCAGUCAGGUUGAGUGCUUCAUUGUGUCUCGUUGUCUCGAAUGUUCAGGGGUCUGUUAUCUCGCAUGCGUUUUUUGUUAACAUGUAUAGACCAGCUAGGGAAACAUUCCAGUCUUUCUGUCGUAAUUGGACAAACUCACCCAAUCGCAGCUGCGGGUGUGCCCGAAUUAGACAGAUGUACAUCAAUGUUUAUUUAGUAAAAAUGGUCUCUUUCCUUUUGGUGAUGUUUGCUAAUCCCUCAGUAUUUGCUCCAUUUCCUAAAGCAGUCUCAGCAGUAGUAUCAACGAUUAAUUCCUGAAACUGGUCACCAGGGCCCAGAUGUUCGAACGCCGAUUAGCACUAAUCCAGGGUUAAAUUUUAACCCGGGUUUCUUUUUCUUUUUAUCAAAAGCAAGCUCUUGGGUAAUUUUCCAUAUUCGUUUUAAAGUAUCCAAUCAUCAAAUUGUAGGCAAGCAGAAUUAAACUGAAUUUGUUUUUAAGCUCUCAUAUUCGAGUUCAAAUUAGGCACUAACCCUGGGUUAUCUUAACUCAGCUUCGAACAACCCGGCCCAGACUGGCAACUUGAAUUCUUCGUCAAACUGCUUUUUACACUUACUGUGCCUUUAUGAAUAUCUAUACAGGAAUUUUUAUACACAGUAGGGAAAGAGUUGCUAGUAAACUUACGUUUUUUAUACAUUCUUACGUUAGAAAACGAGGAAGCUGAAAAAAUACUGUUAAAAACCAUGUUCCGUCGAUCCAAGGCCUUUAUGGAGCUCGGACACCACCAGCGAGCGUUGAAUGACAUCUCAUUUUGCCUCAGAACCCAAGUUAACAAUACUGGAAAUGCAAAUAAUGUGCUGUCUAUUUUUUGGGAGGUAAGGAACAAGCCUGACCUUUAAACUCAUUCUCAUACACACCCAUUUCCAAAAACAAAGCAAAAUACAACUUUGCAGAACUUAGUCACGUGCGUGAAUACCACCUAGCAACGGCUCGCUGGAUAGCAAGCCAUCCAAGUGUUCAUUCAGAUUCAAGUACGACCGAGGGAAGCCUUUCUAGGCAAAUUCAAACGUCUUUUAAGUUUUCUAGACCAGUCGUUUGGGUUAAUUUUUAACACAGUAAUUAAAUUAGGCUAGGAAUGCUUCACUUACAUGUAGUGACACUCAAAGCUUUGCGGUCAGAGUGAACGCUUGGAGGCUUGUAAUCCAGUGAGCCGUUGGCGAAAGUCUGCAAAGGGCUAGUUUCAAAGGCUGAGGAGUGUAAAAGUAAAGAAAUCACGUUGACAGUCACGGAUAAAUACUAGCAGCCUCGGUGAAAAACACUCAUUAUUCAGCCUAAUAAAUUAAUUUCGGGCAAGCAGAGGAGCCGGCAAUCGUAAUCUUCAGGUUCCUGUUACGAAUGCUUGGCAAGUAUGUAACCAGCGGUCGUUUCGAUUUCCACCAAGAAUGAAUUGAGUGCCGAGAGUAGAACGCAAUCUGAUUAUGCGUGUUUUGACCUUCUAUGACGUGAGAAAAACACGCAAAACACAGCGUUGGACCAAGUGCGUUUUGACCUUCGGUCGAUCUCGCCCGCACUCCAUACCUUCGGUUAUCACCUGUUCAAUAGUUAUUAAAAUAAAUUAACUUACAGGGUGUGCCAAAACCUAUGUCCGAUUGUCCGUGACAGGCAAACCUCAUACUUGACGAAAUAAGGUUAAAUAUUCAUUUUAACUUCGCGAUUCCACGGUCAUUUCAUUUGUUUUCACGAGCCCCGUUUAGGUUUAAGUCAAAAACGAUUUACAAGGAUAAUAAUGUGAUUAAAGCUAAACUUUUUGGCAAGAACUCUUCAGUUUUGGACAACCAAACUUCAUAUAGUGCUUGUCCUAAGGACAAGUGGAUAGGAAAAUUUUUCUCUUAAUCUGUUGAUUAUGUCAUGCUCUUUAUUGUAGGUUUUGGGGAAAUACCGUAAAGCGUAUGGUCCUGAGCCAAUCCGUCGCUGUGGCAACUGUAUCGGCGGGGAUGGAGACAAAUUGAAGAGAUGUGCCAACUGUGAGGAAGUAUAUUGUAGCAAAGAAUGUCAAGUUCUGGCUUGGGAAAAGGGCCAUAAAAACCUCUGCAACAAGUAA